AUGAUCAAGACUCGUAUACCUUCAUCAAAGAAAUCCCUCGUAAACAUCAGCACGAUGCCAACCUUAUACCUGAAAUCAAAUAAGAAGCCAAAUGAGAAGCACGAAGUCUUGAACGUCAAUACAGUGACCAAGAAAAAAUAUAAAGUUCGCCCCAGAGUUGUCGACAAGAAAACCGACAUCUUUAGCGUGGUGAGCAAGAAGAAUGGGCCGAAACGGGAAAACGCAAGUGUCCAGGAGAACGAGCGCCACACUCAAAGCCACGCCGAGAGGCUCGUUAGGCAGGCCAAUAAGGAAGCCACGGAAAAGCGCGAAGCUGAGAUAGGGCGCGACUCGGUUCGCAAGCGCACUUUGAAACCUCAAGAGUACAGAUCCGCCCCCGGCCAAAUGGAUUUCAAGAACAGGUCGGUGGGCGAAACCAGGGACUACGAUCUAUCGGGAAGGACGGUUUUCUUUAAGCGUUGA